GUGUGCUGCUGGGAGGGAGAGCCUGUUAACAUGCUAUAAAUAUUUAAUGCAUCUGGAGGUUCAGGGUUGGCUACUGUCUGGGUCUCAGCAGACCACAUCACAGGCUCUAUGUUGAUCUAGUGAUUCAUAGAAUUAUUGAUUUAUUGGACUGGGACAGGGAUUGGACCAACCCGGAGGUGACAGGCCAUCAUGCCUCGGAUAGACGUGGAUGUGAAGCUGGACUUUAAAGAUGUCCUGUUCAGACCCAAGAGAAGCAGCCUGAAGAGCAGGUCAGAGGUGGACCUACGGAGGACGUUCACGUUCCGUAAUUCCAAACAGAGUUACCAUGGCAUCCCCAUCAUCGCUGCCAACAUGGACACCACGGGCACCUUUGAGAUGGCACAGGUCCUCAGCAAGCAAACUCUCUUCACCGCCAUGCAGAAGCACUACACUGUGGAGGAGUGGAAGGCUUUUGCAGCCAAGUUUCCAGAAUGUUUGGAGCACGUAGCGGUCAGUUCAGGCAGCGGUCAAGCCGACCUGGAGAAGCUGUGCAGCGUCCUGGAGGCCGUCUCUGACAUCAGAUUCGUCUGUCUGGACGUUGCCAACGGCUACUCUGAACACUUUGUGGAGUUUGUCAAAACCGUCAGGGGGAGGUUUCCCCAACACACUAUCAUGGCUGGCAACGUGGUGACAGGAGAGAUGGUGGAGGAGCUGAUCCUGGCAGGAGCUGACAUCAUUAAAGUGGGUAUUGGGCCAGGUUCUGUGUGUACGACGCGCAUUAAGACGGGAGUGGGAUACCCCCAGCUCAGCGCUGUCAUAGAGUGUGCAGACUCCGCCCACGGCCUGAAGGCUCACAUCAUCUCAGAUGGCGGAUGUAGCUGUCCUGGUGAUGUGGCUAAGGCAUUUGGCGCUGGAGCUGAUUUUGUGAUGCUGGGGGGGAUGCUGGCUGGCCACGACCAGUGUGCCGGGGAGGUCAUUGAGAAGAAUGGCAGAAAGGUCCAGCUGUUCUAUGGGAUGAGCUCUGACACGGCCAUGAAGAAACACGUAGGGGGAGUGGCAGAGUACAGAGCAUCAGAGGGCAGGACGGUGGAGGUACCGUACAGGGGGGAUGUAGAGGCCACCAUCAGGGACAUUCUGGGUGGUCUGCGCUCCACCUGCACCUACGUAGGAGCUGCCAAACUGAAGGAGCUCAGUCGCAGGACCACCUUUAUCAGAGUCACACAGCAGGCCAGCCACAUGUUCACAUAGUAGUAAAUAGACGGACGGACGGACAACAUGAACUUUCUUGUUUCAAUUGUGCUGAUUUAACUUAAAAUGUAAAAGUGUGAAUCUACAGCAAUAUUUAUGUGAAUGCAUGCGUUUUUUGUUGUUGUCUGUACACAAUAAACAGAAAGAGGAGAAACAGAAUGAAAUACCAACCUGGACUCAGGGGUAGACGUAACAUAGUAAACUUAUAUCCGUGACACUCCAAAUAGUAUGAUAUGUAACGUUUGGCAUGCUAUUCAUUUGUGGAUGCCCAUCUUCCAUUUCGUACAUUAUGUUACGAAUUUGCAAAACGUAUGAUAUGUUAUGAAUUCUAAUUUGUUGAGGCUAAAGUUAUCUAGGUGGCUAACGCUAAUGUUAGCCAGGUUAGGGGUUAAGGUUAGGAGUUAGGUUAAGGUUAGGGGAAGGGUUAGCUAACAUGCUAAGUAGUUGCAAAGUUGCAAAAAAUUGGUAAGUAGUUGCUAAUUAGAUCAAAUUCUAAAAUUGUCUGUGAUGUUAUUCAUACACACAGCCUUUGGGUUGCUUGAUGUUCAUGUUUUACACCUACCCAACCUGACCAACCACUCUACUUUUGUUUUUUUGUCAUAAGUAACCUUCUGUCUUAUGUAACCAUACCAAAUGUAACAUAUUAUAAUAAAUUGAGUGUUUCGAAAUCUGGAUUUACUUUUACUAUGUUACGUGUAGUCUAUGACAUCAGGCUGGAAAAACAGUGCUAGAGUAUGUUACGUGUAGUCUAUGAGACCAGGCUGGAAAAACAGAGUGCUAGAGUAUGUUACGUGUAGUCUAUGAGACCAGGCUGGAAAAACAGAGUGCUAGAGUAUGUUACGUGUAGUCUAUGAGACCAGGCUGGAAAAACAGAGUGCUAGAGUAUGUUACGUGUAGUCUAUGAGACCAGGCUGGAAAAACAGAGUGCUCGAGUAUGUUACGUGUAGUCUAUGAGACCAGGCUGGAAAAACAGAGUGCUAGAGUAUGUUACGUGUAGUCUAUGAGACCAGGCUGGAAAAACAGAGUGCUAGAGUAAGCAGCUGCUCUGUUGCUCCUCUUGAAAGACUAAUGACAGAAUUUCAGUUGACUCUGUUAUUUAUUAUUCUGAGUAUACAGAGACAAUACAUUUGUUCAUGUUCUUUUGUGUUUCUUUAAACAAAUUUGUUGAAAUCUAAAUGAAACGUUUAAAAAAUGACCACUGAAAUAUUUUGUCCAUAAACCUGCAAAACCUCUCUAAGAAAGAGACCAUAGAUCAUACAGAACAGAUUGGAGUAUAUCCUACAAAUUAAACCGUAAAACCACAGUUGGAAAAGCAACUUUGAAGUCUUCAAUUCCUCUUGUUUCCUGUUGUACAUAAAUGUUUCUCACACAUGAGGUACACAAAAAGUGAUUUCACAACCUUUUUGGGGGUUUGCGGACCAAUGCAUGAACAUUUAUUAAAUCACAGAUUGUACAAUAAUAACAAUGAUCCUAUUUUGUAUAAUAUCUACAACCAUGUUUAUAUUUUAACACAUACAUAUCUCAGGGUAAAACAGUCAAUGGGCGGUGUCUGUUUCUCUGCCAGUUCACCUGAUUAUUGGCAAGAUGCAAACAACAGUCUAAUAAUCUCUAUUCAUUCUAUUCUCUCUCUCCCU